UCCACUGGGUUUGAGCUGUGUUGACUACCAUUACUUCUUCCUUUGUUCUCUAUUAUGUCCGGGAUGGUGGCUCUGCGGAUCUCCAGAGGCCUUUGGACGGCAGCUGUGAUGGUGACCCUGGCGGUGCUGAGCACCCCAGGGGCUGAGGGCAGAGACUCGCCACAGGAUUUCGUGUUCCAGUUUAAGGGCCUGUGUUACUUCACCAACGGGACGGAGCGUGUGCGGGGUGUGACCAGAUACAUCUACAACCGGGAGGAGUACGUGCGCUUCGACAGCGACUGGGGCGAGUACCGGGCGGUGACGCCGCUGGGGCGGCCGGACGCCGAGUACUGGAACAGCCAGAAGGACAUCCUGGAGCGGGUGCGGGCCGAGGCGGACACGGUGUGCAGAAACAACUACCAGGUGGAUGCCCCCUUCACCUGGCAGCGGCGAGUGGAACCUACAGUGACCAUCUCCCCAUCCAGGACUGAGGCUCUAAACCACCACAACCUGCUGGUCUGCUCGGUGACAGAUUUCUAUCCAGGCCAGAUCAAGGUUCGGUGGUUCCGGAAUGACCAGGAGGAGACAGCCGGAGUUGUGUCCACGCCUCUUAUUAGGAACGGGGACUGGACCUUCCAGAUCCUCGUGAUGCUGGAAAUGACCCCCCAGCGAGGAGAUGUCUACACCUGCCGCGUGGAGCACCCCAGCCUCCAGAGCCCCAUCAUGGUGGAGUGGCGGGCGCAGUCUGAAUCUGCCCAGAGCAAGAUGCUGAGUGGUGUUGGGGGCUUCGUGCUGGGGCUGAUCUUCCUCGGGCUGGGCCUCAUCGUCCGUCGCAGGAGCCAGAAGGGGCUCGUGCGCUGACUCCCGAGGAUACUUUGAUGGAGAUUGGACUUCGCUCUUCUGUAAUAGCUGCCUGUUCUUGCCCAGAAUUCCCAGCUGCCCGUCUCUCUGUUCCUCUGAGAUCAGAUCCUAUAGUGACUCUGAUGCAGUCACCAGGUCACUUCCUGUGACCACCCGCCCCAACAGGGAUCUGGCUGUAACGAUGCUGCUUCCUGCACCUUCCUAUGUACUGCCAACCGCAUCUGCUCAGACCCUGAGAAUUGUUUCUGUUCCCAUUUUCACUCCCAUGUUCAGCCUGUCCUCCUCUGAGAUCAGAGUCUUUCUUAGAUUAACUCUGACACAAUCACCAGUUCACCCCUUGUGACCCCUGCCCUAAGGAUUUGGCUGCGAUGCUGCUUCCUGCAUGGACCCUGGAGCCUCUGCCUGUGCACUGCCAACAGCGUCUACUCAGACCCCAAGGGAUUUUUCUGUUUCCAUUCUCCCUCUGCAGAUCAUUCAAGGGAAGCACAUUGAAACCAUUACCUGGUU